UGGAAUUGAGUGACAUGGAAGCUUCUACUCUGCUCAACGGAAUCAACAGUAUAUCCAACUCUAUUGGCACAGGAAGCAACUAUAAUGCAUCAGACCCAGUUGUGCAUAUGUCAGUUUCCGAAGCCCAGAAGCGAAUGAAUACGCUGGAGAGGGAUUAUCAACACACCUACAAGAACUACAAAGAAACCCAAUCAAACAGGCAUAGCUUCUACAUGAAAGAAAAACAUUCUAGUUAUCGCAGCGGCCAAGCUGGAUUCUGUAUCAGAUUCUACAAAGAUCUGCGAGACCAACUACAGAAUGAUCUUGAAAAACAGAAUAAAGCAGAAGAACCGCAAAGAAGAACAGAAAAGCCUGAUUAUUGCAAACAAUUCUUGCUGCAUGGUUGUAAAAGUUUGGCCCAAGAAAAGAGGAUACUACACCAGAUGGGAGAAACACCACAACAACAACAACAACAUCUGGAAAACACUGACAUGGUUUUAAAAGACAGAUACUGGGAGAUGAAGAGUUUCAGUUACAGUCAAAGCAAAAUUCCAAAAAGUAGCAGCAGCAAAGAAGUACAUGGCCUGUUGAGGAGAGUUAAAGACACUGUGAUAUUGAGGAGUAAAGUUACUGCCAAUGGUGAACUUGUUCAGAACCCAACAACUCGGGACAGUUUGACAGUUUCUAUAAAAAUUCUGACAAAGGCAAUAAAAAAGCUUGAAAAAGACAGAGCGAGUGAGACAAUUCUUGGUAAUGGUUACGAGGAAAAGAAGAGGCAUCUAGACAAAAAAAAGUGAAUUGAUAUGGAAGAAAUGUGAUGAACAGAAGAAGUACAUCCUCGAGCUGAAGAAAAUACAUAAAGAUGUUUGUAGUGAACUUUAUGCCAAAUUCAUAGAUGAUGAUAAACGUCAGAUUUGGAGGAAGAGAUACAUAAAUCACAAAAUAGGUCCUCACUAUUGAUAAACAUGCAUGUUUUCUUUUUAUUCAUCUGAAAAUAAGAGUUUGAUUGUGUUUGUAUAAUCUUUACACGUCUCCAUUAUAAUCAGCUCACAAAAUAACAUUCAUCAUGCUCAUGCCAUCUCGACUUUUAUAUAGACAUUCUAUGUACUUGUAACCAUUAUAUCCAAAGUGGAAACACAUGAGGACGUAUGUGGAGAAGCUUAAAAAUUUCCAGACAUCCAUCCA